AUGCAAUACCGUCGCCUCUUCUUCCGCUUCCUCUACGCAUCUGUAUACGUCCUCUUCUUCCUCGUGCUAUUUGGCCUACUCCUCAUAACGCCUGGCGAUGCCAUCGAGCGAUCUAUAAGCAAUGGCCAAAAAUACAAUGUCCUCAUUGUGACGAUAUCAUACGUGGUGACUAUUGUCAUCGUCGUGUUUAUCUAUAUUUUACGACUGUAUAUUACGAAAACGGCCAUCGCGGCGAUUCCCAAGACGUGGGUACCGAUUGAAAAGGGCGAUGUGAAGGACAUUGUGUAUAGGAUGAUUCAUGGGGGGCUUAGUCGGAGCGCUGCCAUUGCGCAUGCUGCGCGACCUAGGGAACAGAUUGAUACGGACGACGAGCAAGGUGGGAUGGACGACGGUGAGCAAGAGGCUCGGAUCGGCGGCGGUGCGAAAAAGACGAAUACCGUUGUGGAGGAUUUGUGCUUGCCACUGCCGCCGAAGAGGCCUGUCUGGGGAGAAAUCGAGCACUACGGAUGGGCGUCGCCGAAUUCGCCGGAUCUUCGGAACUUGCAAUACAGUAGUGUCUUGUCGGAACUGCCAAAUCUCAUUGAGGCAAAGGCCUUGACGAUGGCUCCGUCUGACCAGCAGGGUUUGGGUACAGACGCGCCGAUGAUUGAUGCUGAGGCGGUUGGGUUGCUGCAGCGCACUGCGAAUAUGUCGAUGCGGGGAUACAUUGAUCACCUUGCGAGUUUGGUAGUGAUUCUUGUGGAUGAAACGGUCACGCAGUUUCUUGCGCAGUAUGAAUAUGCGCGGUUCUCGAACAGGCCCAUCUCGAAUGAACGAUUCCGACAGUUGAUGCACUUGUUUGCCGAGGUACUACGAGGCAUGCAACCGCUGGAUAUCAACGUCUUGAACUCUUUAGAAGAUGCGAGCUACGGAUGGGGCCCUUCGGAAAGUGACAUCGACAAUGACGCGCCGCUGGAUACCAACCCCCCAUCUCCACGAAGCAGUAUUUCUCACGCUCCAACGACGAGCACGCAAAGCUCGAGGCGCCGACCGCCAUUGCGCACUCCCUCCGCGCACGCUUGGAGUUUCCGGACCGCUCCCAAUACACCGGUCAGUAAGAGAACCGGAACGGGCAUGCUCUCGCGGCAGUCGAGCGAGAACAGCUUCGCCCAGACGAGGCGGCAGUACCCUGUGAGUCAGCCGUCGAGUUCGAGUUUACGGUCCAAGGCUGCGAGUGCAGCGAGCAGUAGUGAUUCUGGGUCCGUUAUACGUCUUGCUACGAGGGAAGAUGACGAGCGGCUACCGUAUGUGUUGAAUCUGCGGCCGACGGCUGGAAGUUGA